CUCACUGUAGAAAGAGGCGUGUCCAUGGACCAGUAUAAAGUCCAAGGAGAGCCACUCGUGUUGAGCCAUUCUCAGGAGCCUUUACACUGCACACAAGCAAGAGGGGUAACUGCAGCUGUUACUUCAAACACUGCCUUUUCAUGUCCUGCUCUGCAUUUGGACAAUUUUAGACCGGAUUUUUUGGGGGCUCGUUCGAGGGCGGGCGAGCUUCUGGACUUAAAUCGGAGUGACAACAAGACUCACCUGAACACAGUGCUGGAAAUCCUUCCUGUUCAUUCUAACGUAACAAAAACUAGUUUCUAUCACCACGUCACUCGCACAUCAGAAGCUGGCUCCAAUUUCUGCAAAGUGAAAUUGAAUCAGAGGAACAGAGAGGCAAUACAGCAGAGGCUUUGUGUCCCUGCAAUUGAAACACUAACCAGCUGAAAAUAUCAAAGAGCGUCCUGGACAAAGCGCUCCUCUCAAACCUCUCUCUCAAAUCUGCAGUGGAAGUAGAAAGUGAGGGGAGAGGAAGGCAAAGGGGAGCCUAGAAGGAUUGUGUGCAGGUGCCAGGGCUGUCAUGGUGCGUGGAGGUGGCGGGGCAGCGGCUCCGUCCUGCUGGACCCUUUGGGCAUUUGGCGCCCUGUCGCUGCUGGCACUGUGCCUGUCGGACCAGGCCAUCCGCUGCCCGCUGUGCACCGAGGAGAGGCUGGCCAGCUGCCGCCUACCUGACGGCUGCGAGGAGACGGUGCGGGAGCCCGGCUGUGGCUGCUGCCCCACCUGCGCCCUGCCCAAAGGGGCCCACUGUGGCGUCUACUCGCCCCGGUGUACCACGGGCCUCCGCUGCUACCCGCCACACGGCGUCGAGAGGCCGCUGCACUCUCUGAUGCAUGGCCAGGGGGUGUGCACUGACGAGAGGGAGGUGGAGGACAACUCAGGGUCAGCCACAGCUGAGCAGGUCUCCACCAAGCAGACCAGAAUAUCUUCUGACUCCGCUCCCUGGGCCUUACCUGAGCCGGGCACGGUCAAAGUAAGACGGGACGCUCACACUGUGUCAAUGGGUGAUAAUUACACAGAGCGUCUCACUCACACAGCCAGUGUCAUGUGA